AUGGAGGGCGAUGGCGUGCUCCUCCUCGUUCCUUCCGCAGCCAUUCUGGCCACCCAUCUGGAGCCUCGGCCGUCAGCCCCCGCCAGUUUUUGCAUGACCGCGGCCGGCAGCCUGCAGGGGUUCACUUGGCCGCUGCUGCCCGGUCCGCCCCAGCCAGCUGCAGCGACACAUCAAGCCGUUCUGUUGCUCUCUGGUGCAGCGGUGGGCGCUGCUCUUUGCCUCGCGCUGGGCCGCGGCUCCCGCCGGCGCAGCCACCGCCUCCGCGGCGACGAGCUGCCCAGCCUGCGCACGAAGAUACCCGGCCCACAGUCGAUCGCGCUUGUCGACCGGCUCGCUCGGCACGAGUGCCCGGCCAUCACCGCGCGGCGUGCUCGGCGCGCAUGUGCGCUGGGCUCGGCGUCGGCCGACCCGAUCGUGUGGAGGGCCGCGCGGGGCGCCUGCGUGCUCGACGUCGACGGCAACGUCUUCGUCGACGUGACGAGCGGUUUCGGCGUGGCUGCGCUGGGCCACGCCCGCGCCGCGGUGUGCGACGCGCUCACGAGGCAGGCGGCGGUGCCGCUGCUUCACGCCAUGGGCGACGCCUUCGCCGACGAGACGCGCAUCGCGCUGCUGGAGGAGCUCUGCGCCUUUGUCGGCCACGGCAUGGACAAGGCUAUCCUCGGCUGCUCGGGCGCCGACGCCGUGCAGGCCGCGCUGAAGACGGCCGCGCUGGCCACCGGGCGGUCAGGCGUCCUCGCCUUCUCCGGCGGCUACCACGGCCUCGCGCACGGCGCAUUGGCGCCGACCGCGUACAAGCAGGAUGCACAGAGUGCAGCUGCUCACCACCACAAUCCCCAGCCAGGGCCAUCGUCAUCCCCAGGUGUACAGGAGGCGUUCCGCGCGCCCUUCGCGGAGCAGCUGGGCGAGCACGUCCGCUUCGCCGAGUUCGGGGCCCUGCCGCUGCCCCCACUGGACGGCGUGGGCGCCGUGCUCCUGGAGCCGAUCCAGGGGCGGGGAGGCAUCCGCGAGCCGCCGCCUGGCUGGCUGUCGGCGGUGCGCGCCGCGUGCGACGCGGCGGGCGCUCUGCUCGUCUACGACGAGAUCUACUCGGGGUUCGGCCGGACGGGCGCGUGGUUCGCGUGGCAGGCCCUGGACGGGCCCGCCCCCGACCUGCUGUGCGUGGGCAAGGCGAUGGCGGGCGGCUUCCCCGUCUCCGCCUGCCUCGGCACUCGCGCGGCCAUGGACGCGUGGGGCGCGUCCAGAGGCGAGUCGCUGCACACGCAGACCUUCCUCGGCAACCCGAUGGGCUGCGCCAUGGCGCGCGCGGCUCUGCGCGAGCUGCGGGCGCUCGACGCCCCCGCCCUCGCGCGGCAGCAGGGCGGGGCGCUGCGCGACGCGCUCGCCGCCGCCGGCUUCGCGCGCAGCUCGGUGCGCGGCCGUGGUCUGAUGCUGGCGCUGGCGCUCGUCGACCCGCUGCAUGCGAUGGCGGCGCUGCAGCAGCGCGGCGUGAUCGCGUUGCCCUGCGGCGAUGGCGCCGACUUCGCCCUGGCCAUCGUGCCGCCCCUCACGAUCACGGGGGCGCAGAUGCGCGCGGUGGCGGCUGCGCUCCGCAGCGGCGAGGAUGAGCGUGAGGCGGCGGGCCGUGGUGAGCCGUGACGGCUCCACCGUGUCGUCCCCCCUCAGGUUCUGCAGGCGGCCGGCCGGGGCGGCUUUCCCUCCCCCUCCCUCUUCUUGGGGGCUCAUGUUUCUCCCUCUCUUUUCUCGUUGAUGCCGACGCGACAGCAAGAGCGGAGAAGGCACCGCCACUGUCCAGCGCACGUCGCGUCGGGAAGUGUGGCGCACGAAUGUUCUCCUCCGCUUCCCAUCCCUCCUUAUCGUCUCCCUCCUCGUCCUGCCUCAGCUGCUCGCUCCUCGCUCUGGCGCAGUUGGCGCACCAGGCGCGCGUCGCGCCGCGCCCGGCAACGCGGCGCUCGUGGCGCCUCUCGUACGGGCCAGCGCGGCGCGGGAGGGCUCGCGGGCAGGCGCAGCCCUCGGCAGUGCGUCGUCGGUUGCCGUUCUGUGCUUCCAGCUCUUUCUCGGCGGGGACCGCCGUGCCUGGAGGGCCCUGCGCCUGAAGGCAUGAAGGUGCCCCGUCUUGGUGGUCAACAAUCCGCCGGACGCCGACGUGCUUGUAGAAGUGCUUGUGUUGGUGAUGGGCGAUGGGCAGGAGAGGCGGUUUUGGUUGUGGCCGCCUUAGCCCGCCUGGCCCAGAGCUUGGGUCGCGGAGCGCCUCAUUCAGCACGGCGCGAGUGCCAGCCAGAACAAAUUCAGGUCUGCUCGCCUGGGAUGACCCUGGGAACCCAGUAUCGAUUCCUCCUUUUUUACCCGCAGCACCAACA